CAACUAUGGGAACUUCCCAAGGACCAGAGGAAAGCAAAUGUCACUCCUAUCUUCAAGAAGGGCAAGAAGGACCCAGGGAAAGAUAGGCCAGUCAGCCUUACCUCGAUCCCUGGGAAGGUGAUGGAACAACUAAUACUGGAAACCAUUUCCAGGCACAUCAACAAUGUGAAAGUCAGCAGUAGUCGUCAGCAUGGCUUCACCAAGGGCAAGUCACGCUUAACCAACUUGAUGAACUUCUACAAUGAAAUUACUGUCUUGGUAGAUGAGGGGACAGCAGUGGAUAUUGUCUACCUGGACUUCAGUAAGGCCUUUGACACCGUAUCCCACAAGAUCCUCACAGAGAAGCUGUUGAUGUAUAGGAUGGAGAAGCAGACAGUGAAGAAGUGGAUUGAAAACUGGAUGAAUGGCCAGGGCCAGAGGCCCCCGCUCCCCCUGCGGCCCCCCUUCGGCCCCGACGCCUACCCCGGCGAGGGCAGCCCCGGCCCGAGCGGGCCGGCCGAGCUCAAGCCGGUCCGGCGGUUCAUCCCGGACUCGUGGAAGAACUUCUUCAGAGGCAGACGCAACAACGGCUCCAGCUGGGACAGCGCGGCCUCCGACAUCAGGUACAUCUCGGACGGGGUGGAAUGCUCGCCGCCGUCCUCCCCGGCCCCUCUCCAGCCGGAGCCCAGGUCGGCGCCCGGCUCCUACAAGGAUCCUUACGGGGGAUCGGGCGGGAGCUACGACUCGCGGAAGGAGGCCGAAGCCAUGCUGCCCGGGGACCCCCGCGGGUCGCUGGAGCACCGCGCAGCCACCGGGCAGACCUACAGCGAGCGGGUGGAGGCCUACAACCAGCGGUACGCCUACAUGAAGUCCUGGGCCGGCCUGCUCAGGAUCCUCUGCGUGGCGGAGCUGCUGCUGGGCGCCGCCGUCUUCGCCUGCGUCACGGCCUACGUGCACAAGGAUAACGAGUGGUACAACAUGUUCGGGUACUCGCAGCCCUACGGCUAUGGGGCCGGCAGCGCCUACGGAGGCUACUCCUACAGUGGACCCAAAACGCCUUUCAUCCUGGUGGUGGCGGGAAUGGCGUGGAUCGUCACGAUAGUGCUGCUGGUGCUGGGCAUGUCGAUGUACUACCGGACUAUCCUUCUCGAUUCCAACUGGUGGCCGCUGACUGAGUUUGGAAUUAACGUGGCCUUGUUUUUUCUGUACAUGUCAGCUGCCAUAGUGUACGUCAAUGACACCAACCGUGGUGGGCUCUGCUAUUACCAGUUGUUUAAGACACCGAUAAAUGCAUCUUUUUGCCGUGUAGAGGGAGGUCAGACAGCAGCAAUCAUCUUCUUGUUUGUCACGGUCAUCAUCUACCUAAUUAGUGCGGUGGUUUCUCUAAAGUUAUGGAGGCAUGAGGCAGCUAGGAGGCACAGGGAAUUAAUGGAACGGGAGAUGAAAACACAGUCCUCUCUUCCAGAAAAGAAGUAUGAAAGUGAUGACAGACCAAGAGAAGAGGUCACUUACAGGCAGCUUAAAUCAGUGGAAAGAAAACCAGAACUACUUAAUGGUCAUAUACCUGCAGGCCACAUUCCUAAACCUAUAGUGAUGCCAGACUACUUAGCGAAAUACCCAGCAAUUCAAACAAAUGAAAUGCGAGACCGGUACAAAGCAGUAUUCAAUGAUCAGUUUGCUGAAUAUAAAGAACUGUCUGUGGAAGUUCAUGCUGUAUUAAAAAAGUUUGAUGAGCUGGAUGCAUUGCUUAGACAGCUUCCUCAACAUCCUGAAAGCGUAUAUGAACAGGAAAGGAUAUCAAAAGUUCUGCAAGAAUACAAGAAGAAGAAAAAUGAUCCUGCAUUUCUGGAGAAAAAGGAGCGUUGUGAAUACCUAAAGAAUAAGCUUUCUCACAUAAAACAACGGAUUCAGGACUAUGAUAAAGUUAUGAAUUGGAAUGUAGAAACUUAG